CCCGCUGCGCCGCAGCCGCCCCCGUCCGCGGCUCCGUCCCACCCCUGUGAACUCUGCCAUUUCAGCCCCGCCGACCUGCAGCAGAUCGGGGCGCUGGCCGUGAACCCCCUGGGAGACCGCAUCGUAGACAGCUUCUUCCCGGAUGGGAAUCACCGAGUAGACUUCCCAGGCUUCGUCAGGGUCCUGGCUCAUUUUCGACCUGUGGAUGAGGAGGACCCAGGAAUGCGAGACCCCAAGCAGCCGGAGCCCCUCAACAGCAGAACCAACAAACUUCGCUUUGCGUUUCAGCUCUAUGACCUGGAUCGGGAUGGAAAGAUCUCCAGGCAGGAGAUGUUACAGGUUCUCCGUCUGAUGGUUGGGGUCCAGGUGACUGAGGAGCAGCUGGAGAGCAUUGCAGACCGCACAGUGCAGGAGGCAGACGAAGAUGGAGAUGGGGCCGUAUCCUUCUUGGAGUUCACCAAGUCCUUAGAGAAGAUGAACAUCGAGCAGAAAAUGAGCAUCAGGGUCCUGAAGUGACUGCCUUGUGCCUUUGGCUAGGUCGUGCCAUCCAGCGUCUGCUUGGAUCAUCCUUAGCACCCGCGGAGGCAGGAUCCUCUCACUGUGCUCUCCUAAACCAAACUCUACUUAAGGCCAAGGAGACAAAGUAGGAAGGGUGUGUACUGCAGUUUAACUCAUUUGAUCUCAGAUCUCUGAAUCAACCAUCAGUCUCCUGGUUGCAAGUGACUGAGAGUCCAACUCAAAGUGAUUUAAAUUCAAAAAGGGAUUUUAAUGGCUCACAUAAUUAAAAAGUCUCGACAUAUCAGUCUUCAGGCACAAAUACUGUUAUUGGGACUUGGUAUUCUCAGUUGCACCUCCCAGCUUAGUUUUCUGCGUUGGCCUCAUUCUCAGGAGGGAGGGGCUCCUUCCUCAUGGCAGAGAAGCACCAGUAGCUCUAGGCUCCCAUCUUUCUAGCCUGGUAAACCAACGGGAAUGGAUUUCCUUAUUGCAGUAAUUCCAAGCAGGAAGUGCUAUCGCCCAACUGGGAUCUUGUCCCCAUCUCCCAGGGAAUGGAAUGCUCUAACUGGCCAGGCCUAUGUCAUGUACUAGAUCCUAGGAAAAAAGUCCUGAGGAUUCAGGAUGGGGUGAGAGGAAGAAUAAUGCUUGAAGAAAAAUGAAGUUUUCGGGAGAAGGGGGACUUCGUACGUGUGUCUGUGUGUUGUUUUUUCCUCGAGCAAAACAAGAGAUGUCCAUUAUUGUUUGAUUGACCGCAUUGAGGACCUGUGAACCCUGGGAUCUUAAAUGGUUUUGCACUGAUCCCGUGGAGGCAUGCUCUGUGGUGGGUGGGGGUAGUGAUGGGGCUGAUGAUGCAAAAACAAUAAACAG